AAAGUUUUAGAGACAGUGGUAUAUAUUCAAUUAGGAGAAACUUUUUGCAACUAAAAUAUCAUUUAUUGUUUUUGCAGAAUUUGGGCUAUACACAUGUAAAUGCUAUUCUGUAGACCAUGAUGGAAACACCCAGCAAUCUGACAUCCCCAUUUUCAACUUUUCAUCUGACAGGCAUUCCAGGAAUUGAAGAGGCACAUGCCUGGAUCUCCAUUCCUUUCUGCUGUCUCUAUACCAUUGCCCUAUUGGGAAAUAGCAUGAUACUGUUUGUCAUUAUCACAGAACAGAGCCUCCAUGAGCCAAUGUACUUUUUCCUUUCUAUGCUGUCAGCUACUGACUUGGGAUUGACUGUUUCCACAAUGUCAACAACACUAAGUGUCCUUUGGUUUGAUGCCAGAGAUAUCACCAUUGAUGGCUGUAUUGUCCAGAUGUUCUUCCUUCAUGGGUUCACUUUCAUGGAGUCUGGGGUCCUGGUGGCCAUGGCCUUUGAUCGAUUUGUGGCUAUCUGUGAUCCUUUGAGAUAUACCACUAUCCUCACCAAUGCUAGGAUUACACAAUUAGGUGUGACAAUGGUCAUUCGUAUGAUAGUUUUAAUGUUGCCCUUGCUCUUAUUAUUUAAGAAGCUGUCAUUCUGUGGUCCUAAUGGCCUUUCUCACUCCUACUGUUACCACCCUGAUGUGAUUAAGUUGUCAUGCUCAGAUACCAAAGUCAAUAGUAUAUGUGGGUUAGCAGCUCUCAUCCUGAGCACAGGAAUUGACACACCAUGCAUUGUUCUGUCUUACAUCCUGAUCAUUCGCUCUGUCCUCAGUAUAGCAUCUCCCACAGAGCAGAAGAAGGCAUUCAGCACCUGUGGGUCUCACAUAGGGGCUGUUGCCAUCUUUUAUAUCCCCAUGAUUAGCCUAUCCCUAACACAUCGCUAUGGUCAGAUGGCUCCUAAGAUUGUUCAUACAAUGAUGGCCAACAUCUACCUGAUGCUUCCACCUGUGCUGAACCCCAUUAUAUACAGUGUGAAAACAACCCAACUUCGCAAAGUAAUGGGCAAAUUACUCCUUGCAAAGUAGACUCCAAUGUGAGUCCAGAAUAAGGAUAGAGUAAAAUGGCAGCAGUCAUGUCACUCUAGUGAAGAAAUUUGGUCAAUAUAUGGAUUAUUUUAAAAACAAAAUUUAAAAGAUCUCCAAAUAGUCUUAGAAGUCAUACUCCUUUAAAAAAGUUAUGGCAUAGAUAGCUAGGUGGUUCAGUGGAUAGAGAGCCAGAACUGGAGAUUGGAAGUGCUAGAUUCAAAUCUGGUCUCAGUGUCUUCUUGAUUAUGUGACCCUGAUCAAGUCACUUAACUAUAAUUGCUUAGCCAUUUCCUCUUUUCUGUCAUGGAACCUAUACUUUGUAUCAACUUUUAGAAAGAAAGAUAAGGGAAUAAAAAAGAAAGGUUUUGGCAAUGAGAGCAGUGGUAUUUGAACUCACUUAGAGGAUUAUUCCCCUAAAUAGAGGGGACAAUGGUCCAAAACUUCAUAGACUUUUUAAUAAAUACUGUCAAAUUUCUACUUCAAUUUGUUUUAAUGUUGUGCUAUUUAGAAUAUAGGUAUUACAGUGCCUGCCUAUUCAAGUGGCAUCUUUAUAAAAGAGAAACUGUCUUCUAAUGUGAGUAGACUAAAAAUAAUGGGAUAACCUAGUU